CGACGGGCCGCUGCCUGCGGUGGGGCCGCUGCGGGCCCCGUGCGCCCGUUGCUCGCAGUGCGGCUGCUGCGGGCCCCGGGCUGGUUCCGAGCUCGUGCCCCGCAGGCGCCGUGCCCUCCGCUGGGGCCGCGUUGGCCUCCCGCCCCUCGGUUCCCACGCCCCCCAGCGGGGCUGGUGUUGUUCCACGCCGUGCCCCGUUCCCUCGCUGUGGUGAAUUCUGCUCUUCCUGCCCCGCUCACGGCUUGCCGGGCGCUGGGCAGCCGUGAGGAGCUGCGCUCCGUGCUCUCAGUGCCGCCCUCCCCAGCUGCGGUGCCUCGUCCGAAUGGCCGCCGCCUCCCGUCGCUCUGACACAGCCCUGAGGAACGCCGUCCUGCCGCCAAAGGCUCGGCUCAGAACGUUGUAGGGCAGCGUUCAGCCCCACGGCGGUUUGACAUCAGCGCAUCGCUCUGUGGGGAGCAGGGCGGCGUUGGGAAGCAGGUGGGAUCAGAGCUGAGGUCCCACAGCUGUGAGCUCCGUGUGGGUGCAGAUCCACACACGUGCUCUCCUCCAUCCCAGCUCAGCUCAGCCCGUCCCAGCAGGGCUCUGGGGAGGUGAUGAGCAGCGCUGCGCUCGUGCUUGGAAAAUGAGUCGUUCCCUUUGCAGCCCUGACUCACUGACCCCGCACUGCUCGUGUUUUCCACCUGCAAUGUGCUGCUGGUCAGGAGCUGUUUGUAACUCACUGGGAGAGCGCAGAGCUCAGGCACGGAGCUGACAUCCCAACCCAGAGACCCACUGUGAGCACGCAGCUCUGCUUCCUCGCUGGGUAACCGCGCCGCUCGCUUUCUGUUUUAUUUCUCUGUCACCUCGAGCUGUUUUGCUCUGCGUCGCUCUCAGGGUGGGGACUGCAGGGAGGCAGCACCGAUUCUCAGCUGUGAGUUCAAACCUCCACCCCACACGGUGUGCGUGGCAGGGCGAAAGCAGCAGCGCUUUCCACAGUGCUGCACCCCUCAGGGAGGAGCAGCCCCACGUCCUGUGGCUGAGCUCACAGUGCUGGAGCAGACAGGUCGGGCUGGUUGUGCUGCUGGGAGCUGAGCUCCAUCCUACGCCAACCACCAGCUCUGCAGAGCUGCUGCUGUCACUGCUCAGUGGGGACAGCAGGGUGGGCGAUGCCGGGUGCACUGCUGUCACCUCGUGGCCCCACAGAAGGGCGGUGUGGGGUUCCGCAAGUGCUGCGCUCCCAUCGGUCAGUGUUGCAACCCCAGGGGGAAAUCUCGUGAUGAGCAGUGGUGAAAACGGUUUCUUUUUCUAUAAGAUCAGCUGUUGAACUGUGACUGUUGUGGGGUUGGUCAUCAGGGGGCUGCAUGGGGCUGUUCCGGCUUUGAUUCAGGGUUCUUGCUUGGGAUUUGAGGUUCUUCCUUUGGAUUUGGGGUUCCUGCUUGAGAUUUGGGGGGUUUUUCAUGGAGUUUGGGGUUCUUGCUUGGGAUUUGGAGGUGUUGCUUGGGCUUUGGGGUUCUUUCCUGGGAUUUAGGGUUCUUGCUUGGGAUCUGAGGCUCUUCCUUGGGACUUGGAGUUGUUGUCUGGGAUUUGGGGUUCUUCCUUUGAAUUUGAGGUUCUUCCCUGGGAUUUGAUGUUCUUACUUGGGGUUUGGGAUGCUCGGGGUUUGGGCCACCCCCACGACUGCCCUUUGCUGUGUGAGCCGAUGGGGUGGGAGCACACAGGCGUACCAAAGCCCUGCUGGGCUCUGCCCUCUGCUUUCACAGAGCAAAGCCACAGCAAGCGCUCCCACAUCGGGGGAAGGUUUCCUCUCCGAGCUCUGUGGCUCUUAGCAGUGCUUUGUGGCAGUGGCUGCUGCUGGAGCUGCCCGUGGGCCUGGAGGCAGAUGAGUGGGGAUGGAUCUGAGCUGGGGGCAGCUGUGCUGCAUUGCUCCCAUGCCUCCGGGCACAGCAGGGGAAAAUCCAGAUGCUUUGUGGGGUUUCUGUGCUGCCAGGAGUGGGGCAGUGCUAUAGUGUCUGUCCUCCCCCAGUUUGCAGCAGCUGCAAACUGCACUGUAAGCUCCAAAGUGGCCUCUGUGUGACUUGACACUGCUGUGUGACCCACAGGUGACAUGUGACCACGGGUGGGAGCAGCAGCUGAGAUGCAUUCGAGCCACGCCGAUGACCCCAAGGAAGUCAUCCAGCUGAUCAAGAAGCAGCUGGUGAGCUCCAUCAAGGCCCUGCAGAAGCAGUACGUCUCCUCGGAUGCCGUGGUGACCAGCGAUGAUGGGAACGCCAACACCCUGUGCAGCGCCCUGGAGGCCGUCUUUGUGCACGGGCUGAAAGCAAAGCACAUCAGGACAGAGACAGGGGGCAAAGGGAGGAAAGCGGGCGGCCGGCUGCUGCUCCCCCAGCCCGUCUUCUGGGCCCUGCUGAAGAGCAUCACGCACCGGAACAUCAUCUCAGAGCUGGAACAGCUCAUUUUCAUCACCACGGACGUGGGCCGCUGCCGGGCCUGGCUGAGGCUGGCUCUGAACGAUGGAUUGGUGGAGUGCUACCUGAAGCUGCUGCUGCGCGAGCGCUCCCGCCUGCCCGAGUUCUACCAACCCACGGCGCUGCUCCUGGAUGCCGAGGAGUGCGAGUUCCUCCUGAGCUACCUGCAGGGCUUGUCGUCCCUCACCUUCCAGCUGUCCUACAAGUCAGCGGUGCUCAACGAGUGGACCGUCACCCCGCUGUCCCUGUCGGGGCUGUGCCCUGUAUCCGAGCUGCUGGAGCCCCCGACGGCCGAACCUCAGAGAAAAGCAUCCCUGGGCUCCAUCUCCCAAUCUUCAGGCUCCGAUGAGAUUGAAAUCCAACCCUCAGCGCUGCCCAUCGGCAAAGCAGGCGACAAACCCAAGCGGACGUCGUCCUCACUGAGCCUGAACACCACGGGUUCAUCACAGCUGUCCUCCAGCCUGGGCUCUGACAGCGUGCAGCCCCACUGCGCCCGCAGCCCGGAGCGCGGCGAUGAGCCGCUGUCCUGUGACUCUGACCUGGGCACGGCCACGGCCGAGGACCUGGACAGGUCGCUGCAAGAGGUGCUCUCCGAGUUCAGGAAAGCUGAGCCAAGCUUUGGUGCCCCGUCGGAGCAGCUGAUCCCAGCCGUGCUGGGCUGCUCCCCACCACCCCCCGAGGACACCCACCCACCACCUUCCCCACCACCAGCUGAGGCCUGCACUGCUCCCCAGGAGGAGGACAGCAUCCCGACCCCACAGCACGUGGAUGGGGGGAAGGAAGGCCGCGUGGUGCGCAGCCCUGCUGCCAAAUUCCUCUGCUCCCCGCUGCCGGGCUGCCCGAAUAGGAAGAGCUGGAUCUCAGAAGACGAUUUCUACAGACCUUCAGCAGGAGAGAGCGAUGAAAUCCCAGCUGAUGCCAACGGCUUUGUGCCAGAUGGGGCUGGGGAGGGCCUGACCUCAGGGCUGCUCAGUGCUUUGGAUUUGGAAAGGCCAUCCCCACCAUCCUCGCAGGGCCCCAGGCUGUCCCCCGAGCGAGAGCAGAAGGGUUUCAGCGUUGUGCAUCGCCGGCAGAUGGGUCUCUCCAACCCUUUUCGGGGACUGCUGAAGCUGGGCAGCCUGGAGCGGCGCGGAGCCAUGGGCAUCUGGAAGGAGUUCUCCUGUGAGCUGUCGCCGCUGGAGCUGCGGCUCUUCCUGGACCACGAGGACCGCAUCUGCGUGGAGAGCUUUUCCCUGCUGCGCUGCGAGUCGCUGGCGCUGACGCAUUCGGAUGGACGCUUCGAGCUGGUGUUCCUGGGGAAGAAGCUCUGCUUGAGGGCUCCUUCCCGGGACGAGGCUGAGGACUGGCUGGAUCGGAUCCGCGAGGCGCUGCGCAAGUGCCGCCCGCAGCUGGAGGAGGAGGAGUGGGAGACGCUGGAGUACUCCGAGGAUGGUGGGGAUGGCUGCGAGCCCUCUGCUCCACUCCAGUAUGAAGCACCUGGGAACGGCUUGGACUGGACUUUAUCCCACAAACCAGAGCUGGAUGCCAUCAAGGAGUCCGUUCUGUAUGCGGACGUAGAUAAGACGUGGGUCCCUUUUAUAUUUUCCCUCUCGUUGGAAACCUUAAAGUGCUUUAAAGUGCGGAACAACGACAAAAUCUUAAGCAACAGUUAUGGCAUAGAGACGAUCCAGGACAUCCUCCCCGACACCAGCCUGGGGGGACCCUCCUUCUUCAAGGUGAUCACCUCCAAAGCCGUGCUGAAACUGCGGGCUGAGAGCGCGCAGGAGGCGGCGGCGUGGAGGGAGCUGGUGCGAGCGGUGCUGGGCUCCUACCUGGAGGCAGCCGAGGAGGCACUGACCCUGGGGGGCAGCUUGGAUGGCCAUUCCCAGGUGCUGCUGAAGAGCAUGGUGAAGGAGAACGGCUUCUUGUUGCAGUACCUGGUGGCCAUCCCCGUGGAGAAGGGGUUGGACUCACAGAGCUUCAUCUGCGCAGGCUGCUCCAGGCAGAUCGGCUUCUCCUUCGCCAAACCCAAACUCUGUGCCUACUCUGGGCUCUACUACUGCGACAGCUGCCACCGGGACGACGAGGUGGUCAUCCCCUCACGCCUCAUCCACAACUGGGACCUGAGCAAGAGAGGGGUUUGCCGUCAGGCGCUGAAGUUCCUCACCCAGAUCCGUAAGCAGCCGCUGAUUGAUCUCAAGUUGGUCAAUGAGAGCCUCUAUGACCACGUGGAGAGGAUGAGGCGCAUCCGUCGGAGCCGGGAGCAGCUGAAGCUGCUGGGGGAUUACCUGAGCGUGUGCCGCAGCGGGGCCCUGAAGGAGCUGAGCAAACGCCUCGACCACAGGAACUACCUCCUGGAGUGCCCCCACAAGUACAGCGUGGCCGACCUGCAGCAGAUCUCUGACGGCGCCUUCGAGCCCUUCCUGCUCUCACUGAUCCAGUUUGCAUCGCACCACGUCUACAGCUGCGACCUGUGCACGCAGCAGGGCUUCAUCUGCCAGAUCUGCAGCAGCAGUGACAUCAUCUUCCCCUUCCAGCUGGACUCCACUUCCAGGUGCAAAGACUGCAAAACUGUUUUCCACCGGCAGUGCUACGACAGCUCCACAUCCUGCCCGCGCUGCGAGCGCCGGCGGCGCUACCGACAGGAACAGGAGGAGAAGGAGGAAGAGGAGGAGGAGGAGGAGGAAGGCAGUGCGGGGCCGAUCCCAUAGAGCCAGCAGCCAUCCCAAAGGAGGUGGCAGAUGAUGUCCCCACGGGCCCCAAAAGCACCGGGACGUGGUGCACAAUGAGAUGUCAGCCCAGCAGCUGUCAGGCAGCGCAGCGGGGUCUGGGCCUGCACCCAAAGACCCUACAGCCAAUGGGGGAUGGACAAGCAGGGGGGCUGUGGGGCUGAGCUGGGGCCGUGGGGCUGCAGCCAUCCCCUGCCACCACCCCACUGAUGGGGACACGGUGGCACUGGGCGGGUUUUGGUGUCCCCAUCCCUGGGGGAUAUGGGGAUAUGGGGACAGGGACUCUGCAGUCCCCAUCCUUUUGGGGUUUCUGCGUCCCCAUCCCUUUGGGGUUUUGGUCUCUCCAUCCCAGGGGGGCAACAAGGGGACAUGGGGGCGGGGACUCCCCACAUUAUGGGGUCAGAUGUGCCAAGGGGACGCGGGGCUGUGCAAUGCCACCCACGGGGAUCAGUGCCAUCCCCCCACUGCCAUCAUCCCAGUGUUCCCCAGGUGGCACUGGGGGCUCGCAGGCUGCGCAGUGGGGCGGGCUAUGGGGCCAGCUGCUGUCAGUGGGACCCGGACUCGAGGGCUGUGUGAACCGUGCCGGGUGAGCUCGGGGCUUUUGUGGGUUUGGGGUUUUGCAGGGUGCACCGGAUGGCACCGUGGUGACGUUGUGCCUUGGGGGGCGGAGCUGCUCUGCCUCCCUUUUAACCCCCAGCCCUUCUGGGGCCGCAAAGAGAGUUUUAUUUUCCUGUCACUUCACUGUGAAAAUGAUGGAGAUUUAUUUGA